UGUCAGGCUGGCAGACGGUCUGUGCGCCGCUCGGAGCUGGAGACGUAAAGUACCGGCGCGUUGAUCUCUCUGACAGCUCGUCGGUUUCUCACUUUUUGGACGUUUCUGUGUUUGUCUCGCGCUGUGGACGGCGGGGAUCGGGGCUUUGAGGACAAUCGGACUGUUUUUUGGAGAAUAAACUGAUGUUGCAUCUCCACAUGAGCGCAUAGGGAGCGCAGAAGGUUGGGGCUCACCCAGCUGUAAAGAGACCCUGACCUGGGCAAUAAUCCAGAUGAAGAUGAUGUCAUUCAUCCUGUGGAGGGCUGUCCUCAUCUUUCUCACGCUUCGCACUGCACAGUGUGCAGAGAGUCAGCCCCAGAGUGCAGUGUUCCUGCCAGAGUUUGCCCUCUCACCUCAGGGCAGCUUCAUGGAGGAUGCCACCGAGGAUCAGUUUCUAACCUACAGAUACGAUGACCAGACGUCCAGGAUGACUCGUUCAGAUGAAGACAGGGAGAUUGGUUGGGACGCCUGGGGAACAUGGAGCGACUGCUCUCGGACCUGUGGGGGAGGAGCUUCCUAUUCUCUACGGCGCUGCCUCAAUGGAGGAAACUGUGAUGGCAAAAACAUCCGCUACAGAACCUGCAGCAACACGGACUGCCCAGCAGAGUCAGGUGACUUCCGGACCCAGCAGUGUUCAGCCCACAAUGACAUCAAGCACCAGGGUGUCUCCCAUGAGUGGAUCCCAGCACCUUACGACCACUCAGCGCCCUGUGCACUAAGAUGUCAGGCAAAAGGAAAGAGUCUCACUGUUGAACUGGCCCCCAAGGUGCUGGAUGGAACACGUUGCCGUGCAGACGCCUUUGACAUGUGUAUCAGUGGAGUGUGUCAGGAGGUGGGCUGUGAUCGCCAGCUGGCCAGCGGUGCCAGGGAGGAUAACUGCGGCGUCUGUGGCGGCGACGGCUCCACAUGCCGUCUGGUACGAGGACAGGCCCUACCUCACCUUACAGCAGAAGAAUCUGUGAAGACAGUGCUGGAGGUCCCAGUGGGAAGCCGCUUUGUCAGACUCAACGCCAAAGGCCCUGAUAUGAUAGUCAUCGAGGCUGUCUCUCUUCAGGGGAAGAAGGAGGAGACCAGUCUAGUGUCUACAGGCUCCUACGUGAUAGGAAACACUUCCCUGGACUUCCAGAGAGGGAUGGAAAGGCAGACACUCAGGACACAUGGCCCACUCAACGCUGAUUACAUUAUCAAGAUGAAGUAUGGAGGAUCCAAGGACACGGUGGUCCAGUUUCUCUUCUACCAGCCAAUCAGGUACCAGUGGAGAGAGACAGACUUCUUCCCCUGCUCUGUCACCUGUGGAGGAGGCUAUCAGCUGAACUCUGCAGAGUGCACAGACAUCCGAUCCAAUCAGACCCUGCCUGAACACCAUUGUAACAGCUAUCCUGAAAACACCAAACCCACACCAAAACUCAAGGAGUGCAACAUGGACCCCUGCCUAGAGAGUGAUGGAUUCAAAGAGGUGAUGCCAUACGAUCACUUUCAACCUCUGCCUCGCUGGGAGCAGGGCCCCUGGACCCAGUGCUCGGUGUCUUGCGGUGAAGGUGGUGGCUGGCAAGAUCGCAGUGUGGUGUGUGUGGAGGAGGACACCCACGGACAGUUCUCCCAGGUAGACGAGUGGAAGUGCACCCAUUCCCCUCGACCUGUCACUCGACAGAUUUGCAACACUUUCGCCUGCCCCCAGUGGGUGGCCAUGGAGUGGUCUCAGUGCACGGUGACAUGUGGCCGUGGCCUGCGUUACCGAGUGGUUCUGUGCAUUGACCAUCGUGGGCAGCACAUUGGAGGCUGUGACACAGCACUCAAACCUCAUGUUAAAGAAGACUGUCUGGUCCCUAUCGCCUGCCACAAGCCCAGAGAAUCUGUACCAGUAGAAGCCAAGGUGCCCUGGUUAAAACAAGCCCACGAGCUGGAGGAACACCACACUGCUACAGAGGACCCUACAUUUGUACCUGGGCCCUGGUCACCCUGCAGCACCACCUGUGGGCCUGGCAGGCAAACUCGGGAGGUGAAGUGCCGGGUGCUGCUCUCGUUCACUAAGACGGAGGUGGACCUUCCAGAGGAGGAGUGCGGUGAGGACAGACCGCAGCUGGAGAGGCCCUGUAACCAGGGAAUAUGCACCAGGGUCCCAGGCAUCUCUUCAGGCCUCCAGGACCAUGGGGACCCUUACAUCCAGACAGAGGAACUGCACAGCUGGGACUACAGGGGCUUCACUGCCUGCUCAGCCACAUGUGCUGCUGGAAAGCAGACAGCAGUAGUGAGGUGUGUUAACAGGAAGCGAGGUGAAGAGGUGGAGGACUCUCUGUGUGAUUCAUCCAGCAAACCACCAGUUAUGAUCCGCAUCUGUAACCCUGAGCCAUGCCCCCCAAGAUGGGAAGUGACAGCAUGGACUGGCUGCUCUGCGUCUUGUGGCGUCGGCAUACAGACCAGGAGUGUGUUUUGCAUGCGUUUGCUGUCCAUCGAGCAGCAGGAUAUUCUGACUGUUUCAGAGGAAGAGUGCAGAGAAUUCAAACCCGCCAUCCUGCAACCCUGCAACCAGGUCGACUGUCCUGCAGCCUGGGAGACUGAACCUUGGCAGCAGUGCUCCCAGUCAUGUGGUGGGGGUGUCCAGGUGCGUAAGGUGUACUGUAAGCAGCUCCUGUCCACAGGGGCCUAUAGGAGACUGGGAGACAGGGCCUGCUGGGGGAGCAAACCUGCUACCAGCAGAGGCUGCAGCACCACUGACUGUGUUCCCUACAUGGCAGGAGGAGAAUGGAGCAAGUGCUCGGUGUCCUGUGGUUUGGGGAUCCAGCGCAGGGAGCCACUGUGUCGCCAGUUGACGGCCAUGGGCCACCAGGUGACUCUGGCAAGGGAGCUCUGUUCAGGACUGCCCCCCCCACCACUCGUACGAACCUGCCGCAUGAUGGCCUGUCCCAAGCAUAAGAAGGAGAUGAGGCCCAAAGACACACAGAAGGUUCCAGUGAAGAACCAAGUCAAGCAGACAGUGAGGGAUCCAACAAAGGCCAGAGGCUAUAAGGAGGGGGUUAAACAGUGUCCGCAUCUCAUGGGUAUGCACCGCAUCUACAUCCAGACACGUAAGGAGAAGCGCCUCCACCUGACCAUCGGCGGCCACGCCUACCUCCUACCCAACACUUCCCUGGUCAUCAAAUGCCCCGUCAGACGGUUCCCGAAAGCCUACAUCCGCUGGCUCAAAGAUGGACGCCCUCUACCUAGCUCCAAACGCCUGGGUGUCACCAAAUCUGGCUCUCUGAAGAUCCACUUUCUGGGGGCGGAGGACAUCGGGGUGUACAAGUGCAUCACUGGACCUGCCUCGGACAUUUUCACCCUCCAGCUGAUAGGCAGUGACAGCAGAUUAACUAGCAGAACACCUGCCGCCAGUCCCAGUCCCAACUGGGAGGAGAUGCUGCCUAGCUGUCACAGCCAUUACUCAAACCUAAAGUCCACCUGGCCUGGAGUCAGUGUGUCUCUGCUGCCCCCUGGUGCCCAGGAGGCCUACCUGCACCCGAGGGUAGAGGAGAGGCUGAUUAAUAUCACCAUGCAAGCUGACAGAAGAGAGAUCCAGCAGGAGCAGGCCUCAGAGCUCAUCUCCUCACUGCUUACCCACAUGUCUACUGCACAGCUCUGGACCAGGCCUGCAGGAGGAGGAGGACAAGUUAAAGACAGGCUGCCUAACUGGUCAGAGCGCUCCUCAUUGGAGACAGCCGGCAGUAAACCUGUGAUCAUCAGACAGCAGCAGACCCUUCCUAUGACUUUUGAGAAGCAUAUCAACAUCAGCAUUGGGCACAGUGCCUUCCUCACCAAUGCUACCCGAUUACUGACCAUACGCUGCCCUGCAGAGGGCUUCCCCUCUCCCAGGAUCCUCUGGACCAAAGAUGGAGCUGUGCUGCAGCACACUGACAGGGUGUCAUGGGAUAUCUCGGGAGGACUCCACAUCUUGCAGCCCAGAGCGUCUGACAGAGGCCAGUACAAGUGCACAGUUGCCAACACAUAUGGCUCAGACUCUGAGACAUCUCAGCUACUGGUGGCAGAGCCUCCAGCCAUCGCAGUGUCAUGGAGGAAUGUUUCAGACCAUGGGGUGGUGCUGGGUCACAGUGUGAGAGCCGUGGUGGGAGGACGAGUCACCGUUCGCCUGGGUGCCAACCUCACUCUGGACUGCCCCGUCACUGGUUUUCCUCAGCCCUCAGUGUCAUGGCACAGGAAGAAUGGGCCGUUGGAUGCGGGAGCUGUCUCCCUGCCCUCUGGCUCACUGUGGAUAAGGAAUGUCUCUCUGCAGAACAGGGGCACCUUCUCCUGCACCGCCACUAACACCAUAGGAAAGUCCACUGCCUUUACUGUCCUGCAGGUCUAUGGUCCAUACCCAGCUGGAGGAGGCAGGGUUGUUCCAGUCUCCCAAGAGCUGAACAGGAGAAGGGUCCUCAUGGCGUCACGCCGCGGAACGAGUGUCUUCAUCAGACCUGGAGACACUCUACGUAUAGGUUGUCCUGUGAUUCCUGACCACAAACUGCCAGUGCACUGGGACUACAACAACCAGACCCUGAAAGAUAUUUCAGGUCUGGCCCAGACCCAGGGUCCUGAUCUGGGUCAGGGUCUGCAGUACAGGAUGCUGGUGGGGGGUCGCGUCCUGGAGGUCAGCACACUCCAGGUGAAGUUCUCAGGCCGAUAUCGCUGCCAGACCUUCAUCAACAGUACCAGACAAAUGCUGUCUGCCUGGAUAUACGUUCAUGCUGAAGAGUUUGGCUGGCGUUUUGGAGACUGGACCACAUGCAGCGCAUCCUGUGGGAACAGAGGGACUUGGCUGCGGAGGAUUCGCUGUGUCACUUUGGAUGGAAGAGAUGUUCAGCCCACCAUGUGUCAGCACAUACCAAAACCCAUCGCCUCCCCCGUUCCCUGCAACAGACAAGACUGUCCUCCCAGAUGGGUGAUAUCAGAGUGGUCAAAGUGCUCUGCCUCGUGUGGCGGUGGCUGGAAGCAGAGGCAGGUCUCCUGUCAGCAGCUGGAUGCCAGAGGAGCAGUAAGGACUGUGACAGCAGCAGCCUGUGAGAGGAUGAGCCGGCCUGCUGACAGAGAGCAGUGCACCGCCAAUAACUGUCCCACCUGGGUAACCAGUCCCUGGGGAAAGUGUUCAGGGAGGUGCUUGGGCCCAACCACCACUGUGCAGAAGAGAUCUGUUAUCUGCCAACAUUCCAAUGGCUCCUCAUACACAGACUGUGAUCUCAGGAACAGGCCUGUGUCAGUACGCAACUGUUCCUCGGACCUGUGUGAUGUCCAGUGGCAUCCUGGUGCAUGGCGGGCAUGCACUGUAGUCUGCGGGAGCGGCUUUCAGUCCCGCAGGGUGGACUGUGUUCACCGUAGGAGUGGUAAGACUCUGGCUGACCAGCACUGUGCCUGGCUCCAACGCCCCUCCACCUGGCAGCACUGCAACACCACCACCUGUGGGAGUGAAUGCAAGGAUGCAACCCAGUACUGCAGCGUGGUGAAGAGACUGAGGUUGUGCUAUGUGGAUAUGUACAAACAGAGAUGCUGUGGGUCGUGUUCACAGGAUGCCGACUCCACCUAGUGGCAGUUAGCAUGUAAUUACACUAAAUAGUGUUAAACAGGUUGACUACAUGAGAUGAAUGACUGAGCAAAGAUUGAAAGGACAUCAUCUGUGAGUGGAUGCUUCAAGAACUGCACAUAUGUAAACUGGACAGGCUUCAGUCCAAUUCCCUUAUUCUUAAAAGGAAACUGAACGGAGGUCAAAAGGCUGAAAGGAUGAGGGGGGCUAUAUUUUCUGAUUUGGACCCAACCUCCUAAUAUGAAGACAUAUGAAGUGUUCACUAUGUGGAUCAAUUGGAGUUUCGGACUUUCCUGCAAAAAGAGAACAUUUUAUUUCCAGAGACAUUCAAUAAAGGCAGCCCAGCCAAAAAGGAAUAUAAUGAUGAUGUUUAUAGUAGAAUGUGUGCCACUGCUCUCCUGUUGUAUUGGUUUGACCUUUAUUAGGUAUGAGAUAUCAGCCAGUCAUGUCACUGAUGUGAGGUCCAUCAUAUCAGCAGCUAAAGUAUAGAAAACCUGCAGUAAUACUUUUCUUUCUUUAAACUUUUCUUUAUUUAUUUGUGUAAUUUUUCAAAAUUGUUCAUUUUUUACAAAAUAAGUCAUCUUAAAGCAUUAAAGGGAAAUUCCAGUUUAUUAUAACUUGGGUCUGAUUUUCAUAGAUUUGCCUAUCAUUUAUACUUAUACUAUACUGAGAUGUGGGAAAACACUAACAUCAGUAUAAAAAGGUCUGAUGAGUCAAAAAACAUGAGCAGUCAGAUGAUCAGACAUGUUGUGCAGUUCAGCCAUAUUGUCCAAACCAUUUUAUUUGAAGCUGAAACUGAAAGUGAGUGAAUUAUCACUAGAAAUGAUGGCCAAGACUGCAAAAAUAAGACCCAAAUUGCAAUAAACUGAAACAAUCCUUUAAUCUCUCCCUGACUUUCCCUAACAUCAAAUAGGUACAGUAUGUCACCUUGCUUUAAAGAGCUGCUAACCCUAAGAAAAUUUCUUUAGUGUGGGUUCCAGUGUCCCGUGUGUUUAAGUGUCCCAUGAUGCUGUUUUGAAGGCUUUUCCAUCCUGAUAAGUUUAAAAGUUUGGUAGACACACUGAAUUCUUGUUCUUCUUCGGCAUGAAAAUGAUCCAAUUUAAAUACAUUGUCACGAAAACAUCCCCACAAAACCAUGUGUUGGUGACUUCAAUAUAAAAUAUUGUAUUGGCCUUCAAAACCCUAUAUGUAAAACCAGCCCUUUUGCCAGAUGGACUGUUGAUGUCGGAUGAUUCAGCGAAACCCCUGAUUGCGUUCAAUGCUUCAAUGCAACUUUUUGUAAAUUAUCUAUUAUAUCUGUAAGGCUGCUGUUGGGAAAGAUCUUGGUUAAGGCAAAUAAACUAUGUUUAAUGUACGGUUAAUGUUUAGGCGACUAAAAUACUCAAUUAAGGUUUGGGAAAGAUCAGGGUUACAUCUAAGUUAUGGUUAGGUUAGAGAUUCUCAAUGGCUCACCCCACCCAAGUCCAUCGAAUAGGGAGCUAAAGGCAAAGGCUAAAGGCACUCAAGAUUCCACACACCAUGCAAACCCAUUUAGUCAAGAGAAGCCCCCAAACCACAAAGAAAUGAUAGGAGAAUCCAGAAGACAGUGAAGCAUCCAAGCCAAACCUGGUUGGGGUUUGGGUAUCCACACCAAGGGUUAGAGCAGACUGGUUGUCAAGACAUUAAAAGAUAGGGCACCCAAGAUCCAAAGAUGCAAAGAUGUUUCAAGAUGAAGAUGAUUAAGAUUAGAAUGAAUGGUGGUCAAGGGGAGAGAAUCACAGGUGGGAUUAGCCACUGAGUCUAAAAUGGUAUGGAUUAGGGUAACCUGUUGGCUAGGGUUAGGGUUAGGGUCACAAACUUCAACAUUCUGCAUGAAAGUCAGUUGAGCUACAUGCCUAUCCACCAACCUGACCUCCACACCCUUACCUUCCGCCUUGCUUCCGUUAAAGGAUUUAACGUUGGCACAAAGUGUGUAUUGUGGAGUCAUCCAUGACCAUAAUUCCUAGGGAUAAUGGAAUGGUAAAACCCUUAAUGUACACAGAAUCAAGCAUUGGAAGUCCUGUGUUUAAUUUAUAAUAACAACAUCAGGUCGUGUAUGUACAGCAAACAGAGUUUUGGAUUGAGAUCCUUUAAGACCAAUCACUUGUGUGAAGGCACUGGGUUGUGAUUGUAGUCAUGUGUCACUGAUGAGAAAAGAGCUGCUGCUGCUGGUGGAGCUUCAGUCGUGAAAGCAUGAAUUCAUAUCCACAUGUUAUUCAUAAACACCACUUUAAGAUUCUCAACUACACCAUACAGAACAUUUUGUAAAAGAAUUUGAUAUUACAAUUGAACUGACUCUGGAGUGAGCAGAGAGGCACCAGCAGAACACUGAUUUUGACUGAUGGGUCUAUUCAUGUUACCUUUGUGUUGGUUAUCAUACUGAUGUGCUGCAUUGUAAAAUGUCUUGUAUAUACUGUGUUCUAAGUGCAAUAUCGUAUAUUGAGUGUAUGUAGAUGUGUGAAACUUUUAUUUUCUUACUUAUUCAUGGUUAAGGUGUCUUUUUAACUCCUGUUUAAGAUCUUAGAAUAUAAAGCACUCAUAUAUGUU